GAGACGAUGGCUUUCGUGAAGACUAAAUACGCCGAUCAAAGCGAUGACUGGCCAGACAUACAGUUUCAUGUGCUCCCGGGGUCGACAUCAAGCGAUUACGGCACACGGAUUAAGAAAGUACAGGGGCUUACCGACGAGUUAUACAGUGCUUUCAAACCAUAUUCAGGUUUGCCUGCAUUCACAAUACUACCGACGCUAUUGAGACCCCUGUCCCGAGGAUUCAUACGCCUACGAUCGGCCAACCCAUUCAAACACCCAGUGAUUGAUCCCAAGUUCUUCAGCGACGAGCGAGACCUGGAUGUGCUCGUGGAGGGCAUGAAGUUGGCGCUGGCUGUCGCCCAGACACCACCCCUACAAAAAUAUAACGCCACUCCCAUUCAGACGUCGUACCCCCAAUGCAAGGCCCAUACACUCUACUCGGACGCCUACCUGCGCUGUAUGGUCCAGACGUACACCUCCAUUAUCUACCACCCAAUGGGCACCUGUCGUAUGGGCCCCGCCGACGACCAGAACAGUGUGGUCGACCUUCAGCUCCGGGUGAUUGGCGUGAGGGGUAUUCGUGUGGUGGACGGGUCGGUGAUACCA